ACCUCAUCCCUGGUGUGGGAUGACGUCAAAUUCAAGAUGGAUGGAAUCACGACCAGCGCGCAGAAAUCCACACAACACUGACUAAAGUCGCGCUGCGUGGAGGAAAGACCCACUCUCACGACGGGCAGGGUAAGUGUGGCCUGGCCAGAAAACUUCACGUUCAAUAAAACGAGCGGGGAGGGGGAAACAUAGUUGGUGGAGUGCUGUCAACGAGAACCUUUUUCCUUUUCCUCCCUGACGUAACUCGAAAGGGGGAUUGUGCUGCUGUAAAAACCGGACCAGCUACAACCUGUUUUGCGGCCAGGCCGGGUUGAAGCGUAUUUAAGAAAAAAAAUAAAAAAUCAAAAACAAAUCAGAGGAGCACUUCCACUGAGGGGAGCGGUCAUAAUUCACUCCCCGCACACUCUAGCAGCGUCUCCGUGUUUUCAUUCCGGGAUUACCGCGGCGGAGUCCAUUGAAACGCGCUCAACUUUUCCACCCCCGUUAAUUUGAUAGAGCUGUUAACUGUUAAAGCGGAUGGGGCUGUAGCCUCGGCUCCGGGGCUGUUUAACGGCACACGCGUGCAGCCAUGGAGAGCCUGGUGCAUUACAGUAACCCCUCCCAUGCCCUCUCAGUGUUGGGGCUGCUCAAUGAGCAGCGUCUGCGUGGCCAAAUGUGUGAUGUGGUUCUGGUGGUGGCGGACCAGACGUACCAGGCCCACAAGAGUGUUCUGGCGGCCAACAGCGAGUAUUUCCAGUCCCUCUUCACACGGACGAACGCAGAGUCGCUGAAAAUUGUGAACCUGGACUUCUGCGAGCCUGACGCCUUCGAGAUAGUUUUGAAUUACAUUUACUCCUCCUCACUCUUCGUGGACAAAGGGAGCCUGGCAGCCAUUCAAGAGCUGGGUUACAGCCUUGGAAUCCCUUUCCUCACCAACAUUGUGUCAACAAGGCCACAUGCAUCCUACUGCGUGUCGAGAAAAAGGCUUUCGUACUCGGAGGGCGACGACAAUGAUGUCCAGACAAGGAGCGUCAUUGUGUGUCGGGUCCGGAACGACACAGUUCAUCCCUCUCGCUCAAAUUAUCAGAAGAAAACAUCAGAGAGAUCCACGUCUCCCCAUCCUGCCCGAGAGUCAGCUCAGCCUGCGUCAGAAUACAACUCCUAUGAAUCAGGCCGGAGAUCUGAAUCCAACAGGAAAUCAUCUGAACAGAGUGAAGCCUCUGAGAGGAAGCCCACCUAUCCAUACACCUCCAUUUUAAAAGGGAAUGAAUCGCACGUCUCUUCUGUUCGGCCCCAGCUGACGUCGUCGGUGUCUUUCAGCGACGCUGAAGUGCAGCACAUCAGGCUGCACUCGGGAGCCGACCAGGACACUAAGGAGGAGAACGAGGAGCAGGAGCCCCACUAUCAUACCAAAGUGCCCUUUCAGGCUCAGGCCAGCGAGCCGAGCCAGACCAUCGACAGGAGCGGGCCGCUCAUAAAAAGCCUCCUCCGAAGAUCUUUAUCCAUGGACAGCCCCGUUCCAGUCUUCUCACCCACGCUGGAACUCAAGGAGUUGCACAAUCGAGAGCAGUCAGUUGUCAAAAUGGCGUCAACGGCAUCCGGGCCAGAAACAUCGGCCCACAACGGCAGUUCGACAAGAACAUCCCCCCUGGUUCUCAGGUCAAAAUACCCCAGCAGGUAUGAUGAAGAAUCUCAGGUAGAAAGAGAGGCCAGCGUGAAAGCUGAGCCUAGCAGUCCACUAGCUGACCCCAUGGACAUUAUUCGAAUCACGGUCGGAGAUGCUCUGCCAGUCAGCCUCAAAGACUUGCAGACAAAUUAUGACCAAGGUUCCAGGCCGGACUGCAAUCCUCUGGGGAAAAGAAGAGACAGGCAAGACAACAGACGGUACCCGUUCAAGAAAAGCAGAAUAUUUAAGGAACACGCCCUCUCGCUUGACGCGAACGUGUCAGAAACAGUACCUCAGCAUGCCGGCGGCGACCCCAGUGAGAACAGUGGGGAGCCGCCUCAAAACAAGAUUUUCAAAUGCUGGAACUGUUUAAAGGUUUUCCGGUCCAGUGCCGGACUGCACCGCCAUGUAAAUAUGUAUCACAACCCGGAAAAGCCGUAUGCCUGCGACAUCUGCCACAAGCGCUUCCAUACCAACUUCAAAGUGUGGACACACUGCCAAACUCAGCAUGGCGUGGUACAAAACCCAGCAUCCUCCUCCAGCUCCUCCGUGCUGGACGAGAAAUUUCAAAAGAAGUUGAUAGACAUUGUGCGCGAGAGGGAAAUCAAAAAAGUGCUGCUCUGGAAGCUAAAGAGGAAUAAGCAGGGCUUGCAAUCUUCUGCACUUACCAAAAAGAGAUCAAGGCCCAGCUUAAUAUGCCCGUAUUGUGGGAAGGUCUUUGUAUUCCAGUCUCAGUACAGGCAGCAUUUAAGGACACAUCCUGCCGAGAAGGCCGAUCAGGACACGGAGAGCGAGAGCAUCCUCUAUCAGGAACAGGAUGAGAUCAUUCAACAGAAGAACAGUGACGCUGGUGUUUACUCCUGUAGGCUUUGUAACAUGAAACUGUCAUCGCUCUUGGAACAGGGCGACCACGAGAGGGGCUGCCGGCACGCAACCGUGUGCCCUUACUGCGGCCUCCGGUUCUCCAGUCCCGUCGUCAAGAAGGACCACGAGGCUCACUGUAAGUACAAGAAGCUGACAUGCCUCGAAUGCAUGCGGACUUUCAAAUCCUCCUUCAGCAUAUGGCGCCACCAGGUGGAGGUCCACAACCACAACAUGAUGACUGUUAAAGACCAAAUCCACCUGAAACAGCAAGAGAACAGCGAGGAGACGGCUGAUCUACUCAAAGAGGAGCAUUACAGCGACGAGCCUCUCGGAACCGGGAGCUCUAGAGAGAACAUCAGUUACAGCGACUCUUCAGGUCCACCCAUGUACGAUUCAGAAGACUCCUCCUCCUAUGUGCCUGAGGACCUGAGCAUGGGCCACCACGGCAAGCUGGUGGUGAAGGAGGAGCCGUUGGAGGAGGCCGUGAGCGACAUGGACAACGCAGAGGCCGCCAAAGCCGGGCCAGAGGAACCCGGCGUGUGGCCGUGCGAGAAAUGCGGAAAUCUCUUCAGCUCUCGCAAAGACCUGGAACGACACCAGGAGCUGCUAUGCCACAUCAAGCCGUUCAUCUGUCACAUCUGCAACAAGGCCUUCAGGACCAACUUCCGCCUCUGGAGCCACUUCCAGUCCCACAUGUCAACUUCGAGCGAACCCGGAGCCAAAGAGAUCAACAUGCACCCGUCAUCUCUGUCUCCCUCCCCUCCCCUGACCCCACAAACCUCAGAGCGUCCCGCCCCGCAGGCCUCCGUGCUCAAGUCCACCCAGGCGGUGCCAGUCGCCGCGGUGAUGGCCGAGGAAUCCAGCAGCCCAGAGCCCUGUAGCUCGUCGGUGAGCAAGACAAGCAAGCCCGAACUGGAGCGGCAACCCAGCAGCCACAGCCCUCUGUCGAGGUCCGACAGCGUGGAGAAUCCAGGCGGCUCUCAGGAAUCAGACACACUCUUUUACCACGCGCCGUCUCUCUCGGCCCUGACGUUUAAGAGACAGUACAUGUGCAAGCUCUGCCACAGGACCUUCAAGACGGCCUUUAGUCUGUGGAGCCACGAGCAGAGUCACAGCCACAUGUAAGCAUCAGACAAACGACAGCAGUGCACUUCUCUCGAGAGACAAUACUUAAUAUUAGAAUAAACACACCUCAGCCUACAAAAGGAAGAUUUUGAAUGUAUAGCUUAUUUGCUUGCCUCCAGUGUCAUAUAUUAAAGUGGCCAUGUUCAUUAGAGGUGUAAACGUGAAUGUGCAAUCAAGUGCUAGAUUCCUCUGUGAGAUGAGAUUGAUUAUAAAUUGUUCUUGCUUUUCUUUCUAAAGGAUCUAUUAAUAUUUUAUCUGGUUGAAAUCUAUUUAGUUGUCUACUUGUAUUUACCUAUGUAGGUGUUUCGAGACAGCAAAGGUGUACGGUUGUACCCCUCAUUACUUCAGCUGUACCGUUUUUGGCUGAAGGGCCAGUCACACCAAACCGACAUCAAAGGAGUAGCACCGACUCUGGUAUUGUUUCACGUCGCCUCCGUCUGGGCCAGAAAGUUGCACUUAAACUAAUCACACGGUCCAAAGCCAACAGCCAGCCAGCUGAUGCUGCUGCAUUAGUGGAAAUGACUCCAGCUGAUGGAGGUAGUUUGUGUUCCUCAUUAAAAAAAAGUGAAACUGGAAGAAAAAGUGUUGUCCAGAGCUGGCCUCAUGCUGAUCAUUUGAUCUACAGUUUCUUUAGUGCAGACAUUUGUUGUAUUGUGAAAAGAUACACAAAUAUGAAUGAGAUGAGGAUGUAUAACAAUAAGAGCCCUCUGUCCGAUUUGUCAUUACGGCUUAUUUUUAGCACGUAAAUUUCUCCAGCAUUGUUUCACUAAUUCACCACGUUCAGUCGGCUUUAAAGCCACCGUCGGGUGUCUGACUCUUGCCAACGGUGCAGGAUGCUCCACAAAAACUGGGGCCACGGGUGCCCACCGACAUCCCAACAUCGGUCGGCAGCUGACCUUCGGCUCGGUGUGUCAUGGCCCUUAAAGUUGCAGUAAUAGAAGGGACAGCUACUGUAUAUACCAGGGGUGUCAAACUCAUUUUGGUUUGGCGCCACACACAGCCCAGUUUGUUCUGAAGCACGCCAGACAAGUAUCAUAACCUAUCAACCUAAUAAUAACCUUUAAGUUGAGACAACUCCAGACUUUUUCCAUGUGUUUUAGUGCAAAGAAGAAGUAAAUUAGGCAAAUGUUUACAUUUAAUAAACUUUCCUUUAAAAAAAAAAAAAAAAAGAGGAAAAAUAAGUGCAAUUUGGGCUCAGUGCUUUGUCCACUUCUCUCACUAAAACAGUGGAAAAAUUUGGAAAAGCAGUUACUGUUCAUUGAAAAAUCGCCAUCUUUGAUGUCAUUUUCACACUUUCAUGCAAGUUCAUGCCAAGGGCCAGAUUAGACCCUCUUGUGGGCUGCAUGUUUGACACCUGUGGUAUAUACAUUGGUCUCUCAGAGUGUGGGUAAGGUUCUUUAAGAGUUUGGAAGUUGCGGUUCAGAGUUGUGCUUUCGAUUUUGUUGGUCAAACCUAAAUAUACAUCUUUUGGUGUAAGUGGCAUCCCUCAAGAGGAAAUUGGUGGCCUCAACAAUGUAUUCAAUAUGCACUUUGUUUGACACUUGAUUUGUGGAAAGAUAUAUAUAUAUGUAUGUAUAUGUGUGUAUAUAUAUAGAGAGAGAACGAGAGUCUGCCUGGAUCUUUUAAUUUACAUAAUUGAGAUUUUCGGCUGCAGGAGUAAAAAUGAUAAAUAGGUCCCAACGUUUUUUGUUUUGUUUCCUCCUACUUAUCGUUCAUUUGUUCUCCUCUAGUUGAGCCUCAGAUUGCCUUUGCAUCAUUUGGUUUAAUGGUGAAUAAGAACUUCAGUAUAAUAAAUCAAAUCUGAACUGACAGUAUAUCAUAUAUCAAACACACUUCAGAUAUCUGUUGUUUUAAGCAUAGAAUUUCACUAUGCAGCCUUGUUGAAUCGCUUACCGACUUCAUCCAGCAUUUACAAACAAUGUAUCUUCCUAAUCGUUAGCCUGCUGAACCUUGUCAACCUACACACACGAACGAGACAGUCCAGUCAUCUGACACUUUUCUGCAGGCAAAUGGUUGCAAGUAAACUUUAUAAAAGGUGCUCUGGCCGGUGUAGUGAGAAGUGUGGGGGCUGUCGGAAAAUAUGAUCUGGCCAGGUUGAUUGGAUAGCAUCCUAAAUUCAAGCUAACAUCAUUCAAGUAUUUGGCUCAUGACACCAGCUACAGGAAGUCAAUCAAUAUUUACUGCACGGAAGCUUUCAGGAGAUUUUUGUGCUGCAGUAUCGCAAUGCAAUGUAUGGUUACACUCAAACAAGAAAUACAGAAACAGUCCUUCAUGUCUAUCGGACAUAGUCACAAUUUCUGAGUCACUAAAUCUGUGCAGGACCAGUGUUAUGUAAAUACUUAAACACUGAUUUUUCUUUUUUCUUUUUUUUUUUUGCAGUUGAACCCACAUGAUAAUUAACAGAGCUUUACAGUGCUUUGAUGGCCUUAUGCAACUUUAAAAAAAAAAAAACAUUUUGUGGAUAUUACUUUACAUAAAAGCACAAUAGUUUCAGAAAACUUUGACUCAGGCAUUUUGAGGAGGUGACGCAAAGAGGAGGGAGGCACGGGAAUGUUUUAUUCUACAAACGGCGACGGAGUGUUCCUGCUUCCUAAAGAUUUAUUAUAAAAGAUUGUGUUUUGAUUGUAUUCCAGCUGUUUUACAAUUGCAUUCUUGUACAAGUAAAUACUUUGCUUCGGCUUGAUGGAAUAGAACUUUGUUGUCAGUUAUUAUGAUUAUUACUGUUUGGGAGAAGUCAAAGAGAUCUGCACCGUGAUGUUAAAUUCUUUGCAGAAAUUCUGUAUCGAUAAUAGUGCUCUUAUUUUUUCUUAUGAGAAAAACCUUCUCGACGAGAUGAUUAGACUUGUGUACAUGGAAGUGUUUGUAUUCUAAAUUUUGUACCAAUUUUGUUAGUAAAGAAAAGUUUUAUCUUUUUAGUAUUCCUGUGCUCUCACUGCAAUAAUGAAUAUUUGUAUUUGCGUUAUUGUUGCUUUUGGAGACUUGCAGCUGCUUUGUGUUUAAGUUUUUCUACAGUUUUUGUGCUUCAUUUCUGUAAUAAAGAGUAACGGUGGAGUGUAUAUAUAUAUACAUAUAUAUAUACAUAUAUACAA